UGAGUUUAGUGUUGUCUUCUCUAAGUAACCGCCUCGUAUAAGUAGCUAGCUAAUUGAAUAUAUUUAGUCAUUUAGAGGGAAACAUAGUUAAUUAUUAAGUAGAGCUGGGAAGUAAUGGCAGAAGAGGAUACUGGUCGGAGAAUAGAAGAGGGGUAUGGUAAUAGGCCAUUAAGUAUUGAUGAAAAGCAAUUAGAGGUAAAAGGCAUUAGUAAUCAGCAUGCUACUACUGAUUCUCAUGUGGAAAGUAUCAAGGAGGAAGGAGCGACACAAAGAGAUGAACAGCCGUUGAUCAAGUCCAGCCCCAAGCCUAAGAGGAUUGCAACUUUGGAUGUUUUUAGAGGUCUUACUGUUGUGCUCAUGAUACUGGUGGAUGAUGCGGGGGGAGCAUAUGCACGUAUAGAUCACUCACCGUGGAAUGGAUGCACAUUGGCGGACUUUGUCAUGCCUUUCUUUCUCUUCAUUGUUGGGGUUGCCAUCGCCCUCGCCUUCAAGAGAGUUCCCAAGUUGGGUAGUGCAAUUAGAAGAAUCAUCUCGAGGACCUUAAAAAUGCUAUUUUGGGGGAUUCUUUUGCAAGGAGGAUACUCUCAUGCACCAGAUGAUCUGGCUUAUGGAGUUGACAUGAAACUAAUCCGAUGGUGUGGCAUCCUUCAGAGAAUAGCUUUGGUCUACAUGAUUGUGGCUCUAAUAGAGGCUCUGACCACCAAGAUUAGAUCUUCUGUCCUGAGCCCAGGUUACUUCUCCAUUUUUACAGCAUACAGAUGGCAAUGGCUUGGAGGAUUUGUUGCAUUCCUCAUCUACAUGAUCACGACGUAUGCCCUGUACGUCCCAGACUGGAGUUUUGUGGCAGAACACCAUCAUAAAUCAGAGAGAUUCACGGUUAAGUGUGGUAUGAGAGGACACUUAGGACCUGGAUGCAACGCUGUUGGUUAUGUGGAUCGUGCAGUCUGGGGAAUCAAUCAUCUUUACUCAGGACCAGUCUGGAGUCGCUUGAAGGCCUGCACUUUAAAUUCUCCGAGUUCUGGCCCUCUCCGUGAAGAUGCACCAAGUUGGUGUCGUGCUCCAUUCGAACCAGAAGGUUUGUUAAGCACAAUUUCAGCUAUUCUUUCCGGGACCAUUGGCAUUCACUAUGGACAUGUCUUGAUCCAUUUCAAGGGACAUGCUGAGAGGCUAAAACAAUGGGUAUCAAUGGGGUUUGGCCUGCUUAUCCUCGCGAUUAUUCUUCAUUUUACAGAUGCCAUUCCUAUCAACAAGCAACUGUACAGCUUUAGCUACGUCUGUUUCACGGCUGGGGCAGCUGGAAUCGUAUUUUCAGCAUUUUACGUACUGAUUGAUAUCUGGGGAAUGCGGACUCCAUUCCUAUUCCUGGAAUGGAUAGGUUUAAAUGCAAUGCUAGUGUUUGUAAUGGCAGCACAGGGCAUAUUUGCAGGAUUUAUCAAUGGAUGGUACUACAAGAACCCGGACAACAAUCUAGUUAACUGGAUUCAAGAACAUGUGUUUAAUGAUGUGUGGCACUCGGAAAGAGUAGGAACUUUGUUGUAUGUACUGUUUGCCGAGAUUACUUUCUGGGGAGUGGUUUCUGGCAUCUUACAUAAGUUGGGUAUAUACUGGAAACUAUGAGGAGCAGAUUUGUAGAAGUGAAUAGGGACGACAGAGACAAUACUUUCGACAUUGAUGCAUGUAAUUUACUUUGUAAUUACGUUGUGUGUGCUACAGAAUUUGUUUCAGUUUUCAGAAA